ACGGUGGCAGAGCUGGAAGGUGAGGGGCUGCAGCCAGGGGACCAUCUAGGGUGGGCUUCCCAGACUGGGGUUCCCUUCAAGGCAGUGAGGGCUUUUCUGUCAUUGUACGGUGCAGGGAAUCAGCCCUGGGGUGACCCUUUCUCUGUGUCCUGCUCCAGACCCACGGCAGAGGCGGCUGGCUCCAGAGACAAAGGGAAGGCCGGCUUCGUGGCUACAGCUAGUCCAGGCGCUCCUUCAGACCCCUGUGCGGGAGCUACGGCCGGUGUCACCUGCCUCAGCCCCUGCAGAGCUGGAGGACAUCCCAGCAGAGGCCUCAGCUCCGAGGCAAGGACCCAAGCUGGAGCCCCAGGAGCCCUCAGGCAUGGGGCCCAGAGCAAGUGCUAUAAUGGUACCAGGCCUUGCAGAGCCAGAGCCAUGUUCAGACCCCAUGAGUCCCUGGGAUAUCCCAGGAGUGGUCUCAGCCCCGGUGCCAGGCCCCGAGCUAGAGCCCCAUGAACCCCCGGGCCUGGGUCCCGUGGCACCUGCAGGAAUGGCACAGGGCCUGGCAGAGCCAGAGGCGGACCCGGAGCCCACCAUCGCCUGUGUCGCGAUCACCCGGGACGUGCCAAGGACGAAGGAGCGGUCCAUCCUGCAGUUCCCCGCCCACCUGGUGGCCGAGCAGCUGACCCUGAUGUGUGCGGAGCUGUACAGCAGGAUUGAAUACGGCGAAUGCAAGGCCUACUUAGACAGCCAGCCACUGAUGGAAGGCACUGAGCUCCUGGCCCCCAACGUGCAAAUGGUCAUCAGGCAAUUCGAUGCCAUGGUUAGCUUGGUCAUCUCCUCCUGCCUCGGGACCGUGACCAUGACGGCCCAGGACAGGGCCCAAGUGGUGCAGUUCUGGAUCCGGGUGGCUGAGGAGUGUCUGGCCCUCAAGAAUUUCGCUGCCCUCUGUGCCAUUCUCUUGGCCCUGCGGAGCCGUCCCAUAGGUCGUCUGGAGAGCACCUGGGGACGUGUUUCCUGGAAGAGCUCCCGGACCUACAAAAAACUUAAAAAGAGGGACGAAGAGGCUAACAGAGAGUGGCUCCUCAAGGAGGUGAGGGCCCUCAUGAAGCAACAGCUGUGGGCCCCCAGGGGAUGCCAGCAUAGGAAGAAGCAGGGCAUGGUCCCAUUCCUUGGAUUGUUUCUACGUGACGUGCCUGUCAACCAACUCCCGGAAAAUAACGACGACACUUUCAUCCUACAAGAGAUGAUGAUCUACAAGUACGCGGCCGGGCUGUAUGACCUGGAGCCCGAGGAGCGCUUCAUCUCAUUUCUCCAGGCCGUGGAGCCCCUGGACGAAGAGCAGAGCUACAGCCUGUCCUGCCAGCUGGAGCCCCCAGGCCAGGGCGCCGGCAGAAAGGGACUGUUGCAGUUCUUCAGGCCCCACAAGAUGUAAACUUACCGGCCGGCCAGGGCCAGCUGCUGUCAUCGGGCCCUCGGCCCUGCUGGUGUCCUGGCUGCAUGAGGAGGAGAGCUUCUUCCCAUUCGAGCAGGUGGCACCUGGCGCCCCAGGACCCCAGUCUGCUUGCUGCUCCUCCUCCUCCCGCUGCUCAUCCUGAGCCUCUGCUGGGGCAGGUGCUCUGGCACCUCCUCCAUCGGCAGACUCGGGCAGCUCCUGAGGCUGCCGCUGUAUCCUCAAGGGCCUGUACGUAGCUGCGGCCAACCUGGCCCCCUUCGUGCUGUGUCGUCCCCUCUGCUCGUGGCCCGCUGGACAGAGGUGAGCCACCCCACCGUGUGGAGGAUGUUCCCCUUCAUGUAGGUGGCCUCCCGCCGUGACACCAACUCCUGCCUGGGCGCUGUCAGCCACCGAGUCGUAGCCACAGGGUUCCAGGAAGAGAUGGGGGCCGUCCUCACCAGGCCCGGCCUUUCCCGGGAUGGACACAGAGACUGCGCAGUGCUGCAUGGGACCACCGUCCCCGUGGGUACCCAGUGGAAGCAUCCGAGGCUGCAGGGGUGGCUGGCCGUAGCAGGGCCCCGGGACAUGCUCCCAGCAGAGCCCUUAUGCAACUCCCUCCCCUCAUCCCUGAGAAAUAGCCUCCCCAGGUGCAGUGUGGUCUGGGUGUUGUGUCUGAGGUUUAUGGUUCCUGGGGGUUGGGGUCAUCCCUGUGCAGAAUGUAAUAAAUGAUGAACGGUUUGCCA